UGAUAUUAUUCAAUAUAUUUGGCCUUUUGACGGUUUUCAUUAUUCAUCUAAUCCAACCGUAACCAUCCCUAAGUGAUCCCGGUGGUGUCAGUUGCAAUUUCACAACUUGACGAUUUUGACUAUAUCUUCGAUACCGUUGACCUCACCAAUUGUUCUAAUAACUUGACAUGAACAAUGAAAACUGUAGAAAGACCAAGUAUAUUGAAUAUACCAAAAAAAGUAUAUAUGAACACAACACAUUUAAUAUAAGGAAUCUUAUGAACAGUAUAAAAAGAAAACAUAAAACUAAUACACAUUACUUUGUUUUAAACAGUACACAAGCACAAUAAAAAACACAAAUUGAUGACACAAUAACGAAAAAAUCCUAGCUUUCAACCUACAAAGAAGCAGUCAGAACAACGAUAAAACCGGCACAUCUCUUUCGCAAACUUAGCAAAGCUGACCAUGAAAAUAAUACAGAAAACCAUCACUGAAUAUGGUGAAAUGCAGAAACAGACCAAACUUUCGAGGAUGGUCAGACCAAGAAUAUCAGGGACCUACAUAUAUAAAAAGCAAAAUGUCUACAGGAAAGCAUAAAUUUCAAAAUAAGGAGGCUGUGCACCGAAUAAAUUACCUAUACCAAGCCGCUGAGCAUGCUCGGAGAAUGGGAAGUAAGGAUGGAAAGAAGUUAAUGUAUUUGUACGGCGUGCUUUUGAAAAAGGUCUCCGAGAAGACACAGACAAAAUUGGAUUACAAUCUGAAGCGAACAAUUUGCAAAGGCUGCAGUGCUAUCUUGGUCCCUGGGGACACGGCAGUCGUCCGUGUCGCCAAAAAACCAAACCAACAGAUCAUCUGGAUAUGUAAUACCUGCGGUACAUAUCGUGUUUUUGGGACGAGACCCGAUUACGAAUUAUGGGAAGAUAAGCCACUUGCAAUUGUUGAAACGAUAAAAUGUCACGAAACACCAAAACAAGAAAGUCAGAAUCCAGCAAUACAGAACUAGUUGAAGAUCAAUUUAAUUUAAUUUUUCAAUUGGAAAAUACAUUGUUUAAAAUGUGAAUAAAAUUCAGUGCCAGUUUGCUAUUUAUUUGUUAUAAAAAAACAACAUA